AUGGCUGCAAAAGGCGAGGGGCCUGCAAUCGGGAUUGAUUUGGGGACCACUUACUCAUUCGUGGGCGUGUGGCACCACAACCGCGCCGAGAUCAUAGCCAAUGAUCAAGGUAAUCGCACGACGCCCUCCUAUGUCUCUUUCGCCGACGGCGAGCGUUUCAUAGGCGAAGCCGCCAUUAACCAGGCCGGCAUGAACCCCGCAAACACGAUCUUUGAUGCCAAGCGGUUGAUCGGGAGACGAUACAGCGACGCCUCUGUGCAGGCUGACAUAAAGCUGUGGCCUUUCAAGGUUGUCCCGGACCCCACGGACAAGCCCAUGAUUGUGGUCUCCCACAAUGGCGAGGAGAAGCAGUUCCCCCCUGAGGAGAUAUCUUCCAUGGUCCUCACCAAGAUGGCUGCCAUUGCCGACUCCUAUCUGGCCCCACCCUUCAACUCUCAAAGACAGACCACCAAGGAUGUCGGUGCCAUUGACGGCCUCAAUGUCAUCCGCAUCAUCAAUGAGCCCACUGCUGUCGCCAUUGCCUAUGGCCUCAACUACAAAGCAGAGAAGAAGAAUGUGUUGGUCUUCGACUUAGGCGGUGGCAGCUGUGAGGGCCACCGCUGGCGACACCCACCUUGGCGGGAGGAUUUCGACAACCGCAUUGUUGCUCACUUUGCCAAAGAGUUCAAGCGCAAGUACAACAAGGACCUUUCCGAAAACCCGCGGGCCCUACGGAGGCUGGGGACAGCUUGCGAGAGGGCGAAGAGGGUUCUCUCGAACAAUGUGGACGUUGAGUGUCUGCACGAGGGAAUUGACUUUCACUCUAGCAUUACCCGCGCUAAAUUCGAGGAUCUCAACAUGGACCUGUUCGAAAAAUGCGUCGAACCUGUAGAGAGCUGCCUGAGAGAUGCUGGGGUGGAGAAGGCUGCCAUCCAUGAUGUCGUUCUGGUUGGAGGCUCGAGCAGGAUUCCUAAGGUUCAGAAGAUGCUGCAGUUUAUUUUCGAGGGAAAGGAGCUGUGCAGGAGCAUUAACCCGGAUGAGGCUGUUGCGUACGGUGCCGCCGUGCAGGCAACCGUCCUACGUGUUCAUAAUGAGGACUUAGAUUUUAAUGCUCUGGCUUAG